CUUCAGUUGCCCGAGAUAUCGAGUCGAAGUGUGCAGCGAAACGCGAGAGAAACGAGAAACGAAACGCCGAAGAGAGAAAAAAAAACAGAAAUACAUCCGAAUCAUUCUGUGUGCGUGCGUGUGUAUAUAUUAUAUAAAUACGUGUGCAACAAUCGCUCGAUUAAGUAGUAACAAUUUUUUUUUUCGUUGUUGUUGUUGUUAGUGCAUGAAUCGUGUGCUGAUGUGUUGUAGAAGGAGGCAAUGAUGCAACUGAUGAAAGAGAGAAUCGGUCAGCUGAGAAUAUAGUUUCGAGGAUCUAUCGAAAUCACACACUAAAUAUAUUUAUAUAUAUAUAUAGAAAGUAAAAAGAGAUUAAGGAACUGAAGAACGUUGAGGAAAAAAAAAAUUGUUCACGUUUGCUGGUGUUGUAUAGUUUUUGAAAAGAAGGAGCGCGCGUUCUCUUUUUCUUGCUGUUUUAGCAAUUUAUACGAACGAUCGUCGUUUGUUUGCGCGCACACGCGAAGAGUAGGCUGUUUGAAUUUCAAAACCACAAAAAUCAGAUCGCAGUAGUCGUUGUUGUUUUGUUCGGAAGAGCAAGUGACAGAAGAGUCAACAAAACAAAAAACAAAAGUUAACUGUCAUAUUUAACUGAUCCGGAAUGUCGGGGCCAAUUUCAGACACGCAGAAACUGACGUCGUCGUCGGAGGACGAGAAGUACCUGGAGUCGUCACGUACAGACAGCGGUUUCCUGUCUUCGGGCAACCUGCUGCUCUCAUCCAGUGAAAUCAUCGUCGAUACGCCGUCUACGUCUCACCAUCAUCAUCACCACAGCCAUCAACAGCAGCAUCAUCAUCAGAUCCAGGAUCAGCAGGAUUCUGGACUGAUAACGGACGUCGACGAGGAUUACGACCAUCAUCAACAGCAGGAACCGCAGAAACAGCAGGAAGUCUUGAUGCGUUUGGACAGCGGCAUCGACACGUGCACCACGCAGUUAUCCAGUCUCAAAUUGAAAAACCAAUUUCUGAACGACCUCAGCAGCUGCAACAAAACCAACACAACAACAUCAACCUGCACAGACGACAAGAAGAGGAUCAACGCGGAAACAAUAUCCUGGGAAAAAUUGUACCAGCAGGACGAAGAAGGCGACACGCAUCUUCACAACGCAAUCCUGAAGGGUGUCCUGGAUCAGGCGCUGGCGGUGAUAAGGGUGGCGCCGCACCCUUUCCUGCUGGACACGCUCAACGAUGACGCUCAGUCGCCGCUGCAUCUGGCUGUCGCGACCGGACAGUGGAAGAUCGCCCGAUGGUUGAUCGUCGCAGGGGCGCGUCCCUCGCCGCGAAACAUCUGCGGGGAUUCCCCGUUGCACCUGGCUGCGCGCAACGGCGACCUCGACUGCUGCAGAGCCAUCACCGAUCCCGUUCAGCAGCAGGAACGAGAUCUGCUCGGUCUCCGAUACCCGCCGAGCCCUUACCAGUACUGCGAGUUCGAUCAAUGGAAUUACGAUGGUCAAACGUGUGUACAUUUGGCAGCCCUGAACGGACACGUGGACGUGCUCAGGCACCUGGUGUGGUACGGGGCGGACAUCAACGCUCGCGACGGCUGCAGCGGUUACACGGCCCUCCAUUACGCGAUGCAGAGGAACGACGAGAAGCUGGUGCGUUUCCUCCUCACCGAAUGCAAAAAGUUGAACGUGCACGCCGUCACCUACGGCGGUCGCAGCGCCCUCCAACUCGGCAUCCCCGUCACGAAUAUCCUGAUGGACGCCCUCUCCGAUCGAGGCGUUUCCUCCUACCUGUCCAGCGAAGAAGAGGACAGCGAUUCUUCAGAUGAGAUGAUGUACGAGGAGCAGCAGCAGCAACAAAUGAACAGCAAUUUCCAUCCGAGUCUGCUGGUAGGAAGCAGCGCAUGAACGUGUAGCAACGAGCGAUGUUUGUAAACCGUUAGGGGGUUAGGAAACAAAUUGACAGUUGGAAAGGAAGAAACAAAAGAAGAAAA